GGAAGUUGCGGUAAAUUGAUCAACUGUAACGCGGCCAUUCUUAUUUUCUGGACACUGGCGGUGACGGUUGGCAACGGGCAACCACGCUCAUGUAACUGCUUGCAACGUACUCCGAGGGAUGAACGCAAUUUCGCUCGGUGUUCACUUUAUUUAUUUGCAAUUCACAGUACAAUUCUAAUAUAAGUCGAAGGCGUCCAAAGCAUUCUAAUCGAUCUAGAGAAGAAGAGGAAAAGAAUUGAAAACCAUGAGACCGGAUUCGCGAAGUGUUUCGUUCACGUUUCACCGGGAGGUGCUGAGCGUAAAAAAUUCGCCAGAGAUCACUAAGAACUCGAAGAAUUUGAGGCGUCGGCUUCAGGAUCGCUUUGAGAAGGAUAAGUCCAGCGAUUCGUGCAAGGAAAAGACGCCGAAAGACAAACAAUCGAGUGACCGAGGCUGGAACAACUUGUCGCUCGGAAAUAUGUCAGCGGAUUCUCGAAGGGCACUGCGGAGCGGAGCCGAGAAAUUAUCCAAGACGAUAUCUUCUGUACGCACAACCUUUGGAACUAUUUCGCAGAAAUUCAAAAGCUCAACACGCAGACGCCAAAGAUUGGAAGAACAACAAUCACCGAAUAGUAUGUGCAAAAUACAAACACCUCAGACACGCACUCGUCAACUGUUGGGUAGAACCCCGACAAAGCUUUACAGCCCUUUUGGCAUCGAGUCCCCCAGGCAUGCAUGGGAUAAGGAAAACAGUGAAACACCGGUGCACACAUCCCCAGGAUCAAACAAACAUUAUAUACAAUGCAGGCCAUUCCGUUUAACAAGAAAAGGAUUCUCCAUGCUGAGAUAAAAUUUUCUCCUGGUUUUAAUAAGGAGAAAAUUUCAAAUCCAGAUAAACAUGGCGCCAAAGAGAAGAUACGUUCCUGCAUGAACCUAACCUAUAAGAGUGAUCGUUAACUGCAACCCGACUUACGCUCAUGCAUGUAGUACUAUUUUGUUCGUUUAAUUCGAGGACGACAUGUGUACCUUUGCAUAUGUUAACUGGAAAAAAGUGAAUGGAUAGGAAA